GCGAUGACGUCACGCCAACCCGGCCUAAGGAACGGAAUUCGGGCGCGGGCCCACUUCUGUCGCGGCUCGAUGAGGACACAAAGGAGACUUGAGCUGAACCCGCCAACCUCGCAGCGUCUUUGAAGAGCUUUGUCCCGCGGAGAGUUGCAAGCGCAAAUAGGAGGCGCUCGGCGAUGACGUCGGCUCAGUCACCAAUGAAGCCCAGUGACUGCUCCGGGAAGCGGGACCGAGGGGACGACGAGGACACCCUGGAAGACAAAACUGUUAAGAGCCAGAGGAGCAAUGCUAAGCCCCCCCUUACUCUGCCUGUCACCCCAUCUCGGUACGAUGCCCCUUUCCCCUUUUACCGGAGGCCAGCUGAAGUGGGGCGCUUUUCCUUGGACUCCCAGCGCCGUUACCAUGGCGACACGCGGCAGAUGCGCUACUAUGCCCCACCCCCGACGGAAGGCCCCUCCCCCGGGUUCGACCUACGUGACGGCUACCACGACCGCUACGUGCAGCGAGACGAGAGCAUCCGCGAGGGCCUGGACCACUUGCUUCAGUGGGUGUCUCAGAACCGGAAGCAGCUCCAGGGCGCAGAGGAGAAAGGACAGCUGCUGAACACGGACUUCGUGACGUGGCGGGGGCAUCUCACCAAAGUGCUCACCACCCCCUAUGAGAAGCAGGACGGGUGGCUUCUGGCGGUCAGCCUCUUCCGCGGGACUCUCUAUAUCAGCGAGUUCGAGACUGAUUCUGCCCGGAGGCAGCGGGAGCAGCGCUCCGAAAUGCUGAAGGAGCUCACGUAUAUGGGCUACAAGUUUGAGCAUUAUAUGUGUGCGGAUACCCCAGAUGGGAUUCCUGACCCGACAGCGGUGGUGAACACAAACGAGGGCUUCUGCACAGUUAUCCGAACCCGGCUGGGGACACACUCGCUUGUGUUCUCGGGGGAGGUCGAUUGUACGGACCCUCGAAGCCCCUGGCCUGAUCCGCCGAGUUGUUACGUGGAACUAAAGACCAGUAAGGUCAUGCACAGCCCUGCUCAGAGGAAGAGUUUUUACAGGCACAAGAUGAUCAAGUGGUGGGCUCAGUCCUUUCUACCCGGCGUGUCACGGAUUGUGGCUGGCUAUCGGGGACCGGAUGGCUCCGUGGUGGGACUGGAGACCUUCGAGACCAUGAAGAUAUUUCAGCUUAUCAGGGAAGACCCAGGCUGCUGGAAGCCGGCCGUGUGUAUGAAUUUUUGUGCAGCCUUCCUCAGCUUUGUCAAGAAAGUGGUGACGGAGGACAAUCCAAAGCUGGUCCAUCUCUUUGCUUGGGAACCAGGGCACCCUGUUUCCUUCACCGUGCAUCGUGACUCUGAGUACACCUUCUUGCCUGACUGGUACGUGGAAGCUCUGAGCAUGGAGAAGCCCCCUACACCCCAGAUCCCAGACUGAUGAGCUCAGCCUCGGGGAGAAGCUGGUUUUUGGAUUGAGAGCCGGUGGGUCCAGAAACCCAAGGCAGGGAAGAUGAGAGGACAAAGAGAGACUGAAGGUUGGAUGAUUGGGGUGGGGUGGGGAAUUCAACCGCUAAUCCCAUCUCUCCCCUCCUCCCCCCCCAAGGACAUGAUGAAACGGAAGCAGGGCAAUAAACUGCUUUGUUUCCCACUGA